AAAAUUCAAAAAAAAAAUCAAAAUUCAAUAUUGUUUAUUCAGUCUAGGCUGUUACAAGCACUUGUGAAUGUCGAAAAGCUACGCCAUCGGUUCGCAAAUCUACGGCGGGAGACCUUGUACUGAGAAGAACCGGCAAGAAACUCAGCAAGGGCUGUUUUUUUCUCCCUGUAUUAUAUACAGAGUCGUCAAUUUGAAAAAUGACUUCAAUAUGAGAUAAUUCAUGAAGUCACUUUCCAUUACAAAUGUAAAUGAUAAAACAAUUAUGACUAUAAAAUAAAAAAUAUAAAAAACAGAUCUAAAAAUUAAAAAAAGUUUAGGAAUGGCGUGUCCUACUGUUUAGGCAUAAAAACAAAUGUACCAUUAAAGUUAAAUACAACGAUUAGUACCCAAUGUAGCAAGAGCAGACUCAUCUCCGCUGGCAGCACCCUAGAUGCAACAACACGAACAAAAUCAUGGCCAAAACCUGUCCAAAAGGUACAUUGGACGAUCCAUGGAGCUCCGUAAAAACCAAUGUAAAUACAAAGGAUCAAAAUAUGAGCCUUGUAGAUACCACAGUGUUCUUAGGACUUACACUAGAUUCAAAGUUGCAAUGGGGCCCACUACACCGUCCUGAUGAUGAGUCUUCAGCGAUUAUUGAGAACAUUGCGCGACAUCCUUCGCCACACUGUACAAUAAAUCAUCUAGAUUUUGAUUUUGAUAACCAAUUCUGUUCCUGGUUUGUUGAAAAAGAUAUUUCACCACUACAAUCUGUUGAUGCAACUUACACUGAAGCGACACCACAAACUUCUAGGAAAAGAAAGAACAACCCAAGAAAGGACAAGGGAAAUAUCAGACGCCGUCAUGUUACUGAAUGGAAAGACUGCAAAAGAAAAAUACUAAGAAACUUAGGCAAGGCGUAUAAGUGUCGCGACGGUACUGUUAAGAGUGAAGUCGGACAUACCCAAAGUAAAGGUGACAACGUCCACGCAUUAAUUGAGAAAACUGCUAAGAAUAAGCUUAUUUAUACACCAUUUGAGUGGAAUUGUUUAGUUCGUUGGGCUAAACAAACUGGAAAGCCUUACGUUGUCGAAGAAUUGCAGUUUACCAACUUUUUUAAUUACACAGCUUUAUUAAAGGAAAAUUGGGUAAAAAGCAGUAAUGGGAAUAAAGUGCAAUGGAAUAAAAUUAGAGAAGUCCUUGUAAAACCGGAAGAUUCCUAUAAGUUAUUUUAUAAGUAUGAUUUAGCUGCGGAUGAUUAUCAUGUUUUAUGUGUAAAAGCAUCCAGGAGACAAUGUGUUUCUAAUGUAGAAGCACUUUAUGAAACCAAUGAAGCCUAUUCCCAAGGCAAAAAAAAUCACUUUGUGAAUAUGUGCAAGUCUCAAAUCAUUUCCAGUACUCACCAUGUUUUUUUCCAAAGUUUACCAGAGAGUGACAAUUAUGUUAAUAUAGACUCAGGAUUCGGAUUCUUUUUUUUAAAGUAA